UAAAUUUAUUAUUCAGCUAAUUGUAAUUUAAUAUGGAUUUUGAUUUAUUUGAACCCGAUGAAGAUGACGAUAUACUGUCCGCACUCAAUAUUGAACCAACACAAGCUCCCAACGAUGCCUUAAUCAACGACAUUAUACCAGAACUCCAAUGUCAGGGAGAUGAUUCAUUAAAUGCCGAAUUUUCUUUGGAAGGUUUUAUUAAAAAUGCAUUUUUGCAUUUUAAUUUGGCAAAUAGAAAUAAAGCAAUUGAAGAGGUAACAUUAAGUUCUUAUGAAUUUCAAAGACAUCAACUAAGGGGAAAUACAGUAACAAGUUUUGUUUUUGGUGAGGCUUGCACAAAUGUACAGUAUUUAAUAGCUAGUGUUCAUGGCUCUUUGGCAACAGUAUCUGACGAAAUAUCACUUUAUCGCAGACGUCGCCAAAUUACUCUAUUACUACAUGUCGUUCUUCAAACUACCAUUGCAGAUGAAUGGAUUUUCCUUAAGCCACAUCUGACUCGUCUUCGAACACUUCUGAAUAAUUGUAUACAAACAGGGACUUGGAAGCUUGUGUACUUUGCAAACAGUUGUAAGGGUAACGAAUGCAAUCUACCAACAUAUCAUUUACUACAUGGUAUUCUCGAGUGGAAAUUUUUAGAUUUAUGCAUUUUGUAUAAAUAUGGAUUGGAUAAUUCUUCAAAAUCCCACAAUUCCCUUGUAAAUCAAUUUGAACGGCUUGUAAAUGAUUUGGUAAUCUGUUCGAUAUUUGUUUAUGUUAAGAAACGAAAUGCUGAAUUAUUAUUUUCGUCGCCAUUUCCAUGUACUUGUGUUAAAGAAAUGUGGUUACUUUUACAAUUGGCCUUGCAAAAGUGGUCAUUGAAGGGACAAACGGAAGAAGAAAACAUUACAUUUUGGUCAUUAUUUAACAAAGCUAUGGAGAGAAUAAAAACUAAAAUGGAUGAUUUUUCUCUAACAACACUUAGUUACUGUGAAUUUUCGAACUGGAUGUUACAAGCUUUAGUUCGUUUACACGGCUUUCGCUCUAAUGGUCAAUAUGAAGGGCCGAACUAUUCCAGAGCUACUGGAGAGGAUGUAGAAAAUUUUGAAUUUUGCGAGCGUACAACUCAACAAUUUCUGAAUAACAAUCCCAAUGAAGAUCAACUGCGAGUAUUUAUUGCACUACUAACACCAACUUUGCUGCAGUGGUGGCAACCCAAAGUAAACAUUCCCAUGAUAAUGUGGGAACAUUUUCACAAGAAAUUGAACUCGUCAUUUUAUAUUGCGGGAACAGCACCCAGCAAUUUGGCCGUAUCAUGUAAUAGUGGACGGGCAUAUGUUGAUAAAUACCGAAAUCUUUUAAAUAAACAUCCAGAUGCUAAUCUAAGUAGUUAUACACUUUUCAUCUUAUUAAUGGGAAAAUGUUUGGAGAGAUUAAUGUCAUGUAAUGCCAAUCAUCAGGCCCUUAAACUGCUUGGUCGGAUCUACACAAAAUUUAGCGCACAAAAAUUUCUAACGCUGAAUGAAACAGGUAUACAUCAUUUGAUUGAACUAUUUCUAGUAUUAUCACUUUGUGGUGAUUUUAGUGACUUGUCGGCAAAAUUGCGAGACAAACUAUUGUCUAUUGCAUUUGAAAAAGUGACUGGCCCGAAGCAGGUGGCUGUGGCAAAAGGUCACAUGGCUUUAUGGAUCCUAUAUGCCGAACAUCAAUACGAUUUAACGGAUUAUGCAACGAAACUUUUUCAACAAUUAUCGGCCAUACGUUAUGAUCUUUCGGUAUCCAAGAUCAUCGCUGACACACUCUUGGAUAUAUUUGAUAAAGCCGAUAAUUUUCAAAGAGGAGAACACAUCUUAGUUGGUUCUUGGAUACCCAACUUCCUUAACAAUUGUACACCGGUGGAGCAAGAAAGAACAUUGGAAGCCAUACACUUAAUAUUUGUUAAAGUUCAAAGUACAGAACAAUUCUUGGACUCAAAUAAUGAGCUGUUGAAGGCUCUAAAUAACACCAUACUACCGUUUAUCAAGCAACAGUAUCUCAAUAAUUUCAGCCAUUGGCUGCCUACGUUGGCUGCUGAUUUCUGCACGCAUUCGUUUGCGAUAACAGAUGUACAAAGUUUUCAAAGACUGUUCAACUACUUUACGGAACAUCAGCCUGCAAAUCGCCAAGCGGUACCUCAAUUUUUACUCAAAAUACUCGAAUCUAAUCGUCAUACUCUUGUCGAUCACACUACCAUAAUGCAAAUUUGGCUCAAGAGUCUGGUGGUGUUGACAGCAAGCAAUGAAGAUGUCGCUAAACUUACUAAAAUCGUUGUGAAAUUGCCCGAAUUUAUCGCAAUGACGAAUACUGAUGCCGAUGAGUUACUUCAAGCCAAGGAGCCCUUAUGCAUUUUUAUUGCAGCAGUUGGUAAAAAAUACGAUAACACCGCCGAUUAUGAUCAACGUAAUACAAUAUCAAAUAACUUCAAUUCGUAUAUACGCAACUUCGACAAAUGGCUAAAUCCAGAUUUUAAAACGGAGAAAUCUGAAUUGAUCUUUCGUUUUUACAGCUUUUUAGCUAUUGUCAUAUUUAAUUGUCCUCACAUAGUUUAUGCCAAAUCGAAGAUAACAUGUUUCUUUCACAUAGCAAUAACACGUUACAUUUUACCCACAACUAUACAAAUGGGAAAACCGCCAGAAGGCAAACUGGCCCAACUCAUACAUAAAAUAUGGCCUGUGGUUGUGCAAGGCAUUGGACGUUUAAAUUUCAAGUCUGAUGCAUAUUUAAACAAAACAUUAACGGAUCUCAUACAAAAAUGGACACCACAUUUCAAAAUUUCUCCAAAUGCCAAACAAGUUGCACGACCAUUCAUUAACUGCCUACAGAGUGAUAACCACGAUUUGUCUCUGUUUGUUUUUGAGAAACUAACAAAUCUGUUCUUGUCGACCCAACGGCGACAAGCCGAUGCAAAUGCAUGUUUAGUCAUUACCAUAUAUCAAGAAGUUGUUGAAUCGAUUUCCUCAAAGCACGAUGAUGAAAAUUCCGCAGCACGUUUGCUAACAUUUAUGAAGGGAAGUUCUUUAUUCACCUUGGAGCAUAUAAUGAUGGUUGACGAAAUUGUACCCAGUCGCGCUCUACUAUUGGAUUUAUUUAAACGCCUAAUCCAUAGUCCCGUUUUUAAGAAAUCAAAUGCAUCAAAGGAAUUGUUCAGGGAACAUUUACGCGUUUUAACCAAAAAACAUUUAUCAUUCUAUACGUUUUUCUUUUUUGAACUUCUAAUGAAACUGUGUUCCAUUUCCUAUGAAUUAAUUGAUGACAUAAUGCCAUUUUUAGUCGAUGAAAUUCGUGUUGUUGAGGCAAAACGUGGUGCUGGCGAAGAUAAUCGAAUUCGCAGUUGUUUAAGUAAGUUGCAACAGAGUAUUAAAUUAGCUAAGCAAAAGAAAGUGUAAAUGUUUUUGUUGUUUUUUUUUACU